UUCAGUUGCAUAAAUACUCUUCUCUCUCUUCAUUCCCUCUCUCUUCACUCAGCUGUCUUCACGGAGGUUCCUCAUGAUAUCACGACGCAGAGCGGUCAGGACGUGGAGAUGGCCUGUUCGUUCCGGGGGGCGGGCCCCUCCUACUCCUUGGAGAUCCAGUGGUGGUACAUGAAGAACCACAGAGACUGGCCAGAGAAACCCACCUGGACCACCAAUCAGGUGGUUCCCAUGGAGACGUCUAAAGAUGCCGCCAAAAUAAGUGUGGUAAAAGUGGCCGGGAGCAACAUCUCCCACAAGCUUCGCCUCUCCAGCAUCAAGCGGUCGGACGAGGGCACGUACGAGUGCCGUGUCAUUGACUUCAGCGGCAGCGUGGCGCAACACCACCGCGUCCGGGCCUACCUGCAGGUGGAUGCUGAACGAAGCCUGGGCCACAUCUCGGCAGACACCCUGCCUCAGGAGCCUCGGCACAGGGGACAGGGGAGCCAGGCCGACCUACACCAAACAGAGGGCCGGGAACUGAAGAGGCGUUCGGCCGAUGACAGCACCACGGACUGCACUGAGAGCUGUGUGCUCUAG